UUUGGUGUUUCUUUUAUCACGAUCCAUCGUAGUGCCCUCUGUUUCUCUUCAGCUUGAAUGUUUUGUCGCUUCCACACCCUUUCUACUCUUGUUUUCUAUCACAUGCGUAUCUCUCCUGCUGUUCUUAGCGCAGAGGGACAGUAGAGGCUGGACAUGUGUGUUUUUAUUGGCCUUCCGGGAAGAAGAAAAAAAGGCAGUUUCCUGUGUGGGGUUGAGGGUGGGUUGUGAUUUCAGAGCAGCCUGAAAGCAGAGGCUCCUCAUAGCAUAUCAGAGGAUGUGUGAAUGAAGACAAUUCAACAUAUCAGCUUCACACUAUACUUUUAUACUUAGUACAACACACCACAACCAAGAGAGGAAGAGGAGGCCUGACUCAUGAGUGACUAUUUGAAACUUGUCUGGUCAUCAUUUCUACCCAGGGAUGGAUAAGGAUGGCUAUAAUGGUGGGAAGCCAAAGACUUUUGUUUCUACUUUCCGGAUGGUCCUCAAGCCUCAAGCCAGAACUUUCUGUGUGGAGAAGCAGAAAGGUUUAGAGGAUGGACUGGAUACCAGUAACAGGACAUUAGUGGGAAACAACAAACUGGGAGUCUCAUCUGCAACAGAUUCCAGGCUGACAACCCUGCAGGCGCUUGAAACGCCUCGCUUCAAACAACCACUCAGGGACUGUGCAGUUUUUGAAGGAAGUAAUGCUACUUUUCAAGGUGUUAUCACAGGAAGUCAACCUCUGAGCAUUUCCUGGUUACACAAUGGGGAGAGGGUGCACUCAAGUACAUCCUUAAAAAAUGGUGUUGCCAGUCUGACUGUGACUCAGUGUUCACCUGGAGAUGCCGGGACGUAUACCUGCAUAGCUGAGAACGCUGCUGGGAAACAGUCAAGUGGUGCUGUGUUACAUAUCACAGCAACAAAGGAAAUCCCCAGAGCAACCAACCAUGAGCUGCACAGUGAGGUCACAUUCAAGGUUGCGUCAUCCAAAAACACUCAAUUGUCCUUAGCUUCUAAAGAGAGAAGCCAACACAGAGAAGAAGACAAAGUCUCCACAGCUAUCAGAGAUAUCAACCUGCAAACAAAAGUCUCCACAAGCAAAGGGCCUCCUGUGGAGUUUGUAGACCCACCAGACAAGGUGGAGGUUCGAGUAGGAGAGCAGGCCCGGCUACACUGUGAGUUCAGGAGCAGCUGUGUCCCUGUGGCCUGCUGCUGGAUUUACAAAAAAGGCAAGGUGGUGGUAGGAGGGCCAAGGAUUUCUGUCCGGAGCAGUGACACACAAAGCGCUGUGGAGAUCUCUCAGGCCCGUCAGGAUGACACAGGCUCGUACACCAUCAUAGUGCGAAACAGAAAAGGCUCUGCCCAGCAUACCGUCUCCCUCAGUGUCAUAGACCGCCCUGACCCACCGGCAUCCCAACCUGUUAUUUCCAAGCUGUCCACUCAGUCUCUGGUCCUCUCCUGGACGGGCCCCAGCUACGAUGGAGGUACAGCAGUGCUGGGCUACAACGUGGAGGUCAGACAAGAGGGCCAGGACAAGCCUGAGAGCUGGACUGAAGUAACAAGUUGUUGCAAAAGCACAACCCACCACAUCCAUUCAGGCCUCGAGCCUCUGGGGCAGUACCGCUUCCGUGUCAGAGCCUACAACUCAGCAGGGGUCAGCGAACCAAGCCAGGAGUCUGAGUGUGUCAAGAUGGCGACAAGUGCAAAUGAAAAAAAGAAGGAAGAGUCUGAGUCGUACAUAACGGUGACCAUUGACACCAAACACAAGGUCAAGGACCACUACAAUGUGCAUGAGAGGCUGGGAGUUGGGAAGUUUGGCCAAGUGUUCCUGAUGUCCCACAAAGACACGGGUCAGAAAGUUGCGGGGAAGUUCUACCGAGCCCGGACCUUAAAGGAGAGGACGGCAGCUCGCACAGAGAUCAAACUAAUGAACCGUCUUCACCACCCAAAACUGGUCCAAUGUCUGGCUGCAUAUGAAACACGCUCCGAGAUGGUCAUGGUCAUGGAGUAUAUUGAAGGUGGGGAACUCUUUGAACGCAUCGUGGAUGACAACUAUGAGCACACGGAGCUCACCAGUGCCCACUACAUGCAGCAGAUCCUGGAGGGCAUGCAGUACGUUCACAAGCAGAAUAUCAUCCACCUGGACCUCAAACCAGAGAACAUCAUCUGUAUGAAUACAACUGGUACACGGAUCAAGAUCAUCGACUUUGGCUUGGCUCGUGAACUGGAGGAGGGUAAACCUCUGAUGGUGAUGCAUGGUACACCGGAGUUUGUGGCCCCUGAGGUGAUCAACUAUGAGUCUGUGGGCCUGGAGACAGACAUGUGGAGCAUCGGAGUCAUCUGCUUUGUCUUGCUCAGUGGAGAAUCACCCUUCCAGGGGAACAACAAUGCUGAGACUUUGGCUCUUGUGACUGCUGCCAGCUUUGAGUUUGACCAGGAGAGUUUUGAGGACAUCUCUGAUCAAGCUAAAGACUUUAUCAGCUCCCUGCUGAAAAAAAACCGCAGAUGCAGGUUGUCAUGUACCGAGGCACUCGCCCACCCCUGGAUGGCCUCUUUUACCCCACUGAACCGCAGACCCACCAAAUCCCUUAAAAAGGAGAAGAUGAGACGCUUUCUGGCCAAGCGCAAGUGGAAGAAAACUGGCAAGGCUGUUUUGGCCCUACAGCGGAUGUCUAAUCUCUCUAACAGGCCAGACUCUCCUGGCAGCUCCUCAGAGGAGCCAGGCUGGAGCCAAGAGGCAGAGAAGGCCAUCCAGUCACUGGAUAAGCAGCUUCAGAGUGAACCUCGCUUCCAGCACGCCCUAAAGGACGCCACCCUUCCCAAAGGAGCAACAGCUCGGCUAACAUGCCUCGUGAAUGGUUACCCGCAGCCGGAGGUGAAGUGGCUCCACAAUGAGAAGCCGGUGUCUGAAUCAAACAGAGUGACCAUGGAGCAACAUGAAGACGGGCUCUGCUCUCUGGUUCUGACUGGUUUGGAGCCUUCUGACUCUGGGGUUUAUGUGUGCAGGGCCGGCAACAAGCUGGGGGAAGCAAUGUGCUCUGCCAAACUGAAAGUGGAGAUAUGAUUGUGGUGAACCAGUGGAGGCAACAACUUAAGAUUUCCUUUAUUUGGAUAAAGCCUGGACUUUGAUGUGACACGGAUGAGUACACGGGUUGACAGUUAUUCAAUGCAACACAAAAGGCUGCGUACACAAAAUGUCAAGGCAAAAAGGGUGUGUUUGGGGAGAAUAAUAAGGUUUACCCAGAGCCCUUUUUCUUUCACAAGCUAACAGUUACUAGUGCACAAAGUCUGUAUUCUUUAAAUAUGUAGUUAGCAUGUUCAGCUGCCAAUGCACAAGGUUUUGUUGCACUGAAACAAGGUGAUAUCAUGCUACAGCUAAGUCACAUUACAAUUGUACAUUUUGCACAUUGUUCAAAUGUAAAUGUUUUUAAAAUGUGUUAUCAUUAAAGGCGGAAUUUGAGAA